AUGGUUGCUAUAUUUUUACAUAUUGUAUCUCAUGACAUUAAGAAUAGAAUUGUGAGACGACAAUUUGCACGUUCAGGUGAAACAUUUAGUAGACAAUUUAAUGCGGUUUUAAUUGCUGUGUUGCGCCUUCAUGAGUUAUUGUUAAGAAAACCUGAACCAAUUCUUGGUAGUUCAACUGAUGAGAGAUGGAAGUGGUUUAAGAAUUGUUUGGGAGCACUAGAUGGUACAUACAUUAAAGUCAAUGUGUCUGCCUUAGAUAGGCCUAGGUACCGGACUAGAAAGAGCGAAAUUGCUACUAAUGUAUUAGGUGUAGUUUCACAAGAUAUGCAAUUUAUUUAUGUCUUACCUGGAUGGGAAGGAUCAGCUGCCGACUCUAGAGUGUUACGAGAUGCCAUAUCUAGGACAAAUGGGUUGAAAGUUCCACAAGGACAUUACUACUUAUGUGAUGCUGGAUAUCCCAAUGGUGAAGGCUUCUUAGCACCAUAUAGAGGACAACAAUAUCACUUGAAUGAUUGGGAUAUCCCACCUAAUACACCUGCUGAAUUUUUCAAUAUGAAACAUUCUUCAGCUCAAAAUGUAGUAGAGAGAGCAUUUGGACUAUUGAAGGGGCAAUGGGCAAUUCUUAGAGGUAGAUCAUACUAUCCUAUCAAAAUUCAAUGUCGAAUUAUUUUGGCAUGCUGCCUUCUUCACAACUUGAUUAGAAGAGAAAUGCCUAUCGAUCCUCUAGAACAAGCAAUAGGGGAAAGUGAGGAGGACAAUUGUGAUGAAGAUGAAAGUGUAGGCAAUGAUCAUUAUACACAUAUUGAAAUAUCUAACGCUUGGACUUCUUGGAGAGACAACUUAGCUAGAGAGAUGUUUGACCAAUGGCGCAACAAGAGAUGUGAGAUACAUGUAUGCUUAGAAAAAUGGAUGCUCUGGAGCAAUCAACAUCAAUUCCUGGAAAAAAAGCAUCAGUGGACUUCAAUUGAGGAUUCAAAGUUGGUUGAGUGUUUGUUGGAGUUGGUAAAUAGUGGAAAAUGGAAAGCAGACAAUGGGACCUUCAAACCUGGCUAUUUACAGCAAUUGGAAAAAUGGAUAUGUGAGAAAAUUCCUCAUUGUGGAUUGAAAGCACAACCCCACAUUGAUUCUCGUAUCAAGAUGCUAAAGAAACAAUUUCAUGCAAUUUCUGAAAUGUUGGGACCUUCAACAAGUGGUUUUGGUUGGAAUGAGGAACUAAAGUGUGUUGUUGCUGAAAAAAGUGUGUUUGAUGAAUGGAGUAAAAGCCAUCCGAAUGCAAAAGGCUUAAGGAAUAGACCAUUUCCUCAUUAUGAAGACUUAGCUACUGUAUUUGGGAAGGAUUGUGCAAAUGGGCAAGGAGCUAUGGGAUUUUCUGAAACGGUUGAUGAGAUUGAUAAAGAGGUAGACAAUGAUGCAAAUUCUGAGUUUGAUCAUUUAUCUCCAAUAGAUGAUCUUAUUGGUAGUGCAACCAAUAGUCAUACAAACACGGCGACAACUUCAGCACAGUCAAGUAAGAAAAGUAGAAAGAGAUCUAGGAAUGAAGAUCCAUUGGUUGAGGUAUUGACUGACACAGUGAAAAAAUUUGGUGACAUACAAGCUGUUGUUGGUGAUAGUAUUCGAAGAAUUGCUGAUUCUUUCCAGUUUGAGACAGAAGGUGCUACCAGAAGGAUGAAAGUGUUUGAUGAACUGAAGCAAAUUGAUGGGCUGACAAACGAACAACGAGUCAAAGCUGGAAAACUUCUUGUCCAAAACCAAGCUUACAUAGAUUUUUUAUUCACAUUGGAUGAUGAAUUCAAGUUGGGAUUCAUACUUAGGCUCUUUGAAUGA